AUGUCAAAGAUUAGUGUCAAGACUCCCAUUGUGGAGAUGGAUGGUGAUGAACAAACAAGAAUCAUUUGGAAAUUAAUCAAAGACCACUUGAUUCACCCAUAUUUGGACAUUGAUUUGAAAUACUACGAUCUUUCCAUCGAAAACCGUGAUUUGACUGAUGAUAAAGUCACUGAACAAUCCGCUCAAGCGACUUUGAAAUACGGUGUUGCUGUGAAAUGUGCUACGAUUACACCGGAUGAGGCUCGUGUCGAGGAAUUCAAAUUGAAAAAGAUGUGGAAAUCUCCAAACGGUACCAUUAGAAAUAUCCUAGGUGGUACCGUGUUCCGUGAACCAAUUGUGAUUCCAAGAAUUCCAAAGUUGGUGACCAACUGGGAAAAACCAAUCAUUAUUGGUAGACACGCUUUCGGUGACCAAUACAGGGCCACUGACGUAGUUAUUCCAGGAGCAGGUAAGUUGAAGUUGGUGUUCGAGAGCGAUGACUCGAAUACGGAAAAUAUCGAACUGAGCGUUUACGAUUUCGAUGAAGAGAGUAAAGGUGGUGUUGCCAUGGCCAUGUACAACACUUUGGAAUCUAUCACUGGGUUUGCUCAUGCUUCUUUCAAGAUGGCUUUGGAAAGAGGUUUGCCUCUUUACUCCACCACCAAGAAUACCAUCUUGAAGAAAUACGACGGUAAGUUCAAGGACGUGUUCGAAUCGCUAUACGAAAGUCAGUACAAAUCGGCGUUCGAAGCUAAGGGGAUCUGGUACGAACAUCGUUUGAUCGACGAUAUGGUUGCUCAGAUGUUGAAAUCGAAGGGUGGCUACAUCAUCGCAAUGAAGAAUUACGAUGGUGAUGUGGAAUCCGAUAUUGUCGCUCAAGGGUUCGGUUCUCUUGGUCUAAUGACUUCUGUGUUGAUUACUCCAGAUGGUAAGGCCUUCGAAAGUGAAGCUGCUCAUGGUACCGUCACUAGACAUUACAGACAACACCAACAGGGUAAAGAAACCUCGACAAACUCGAUCGCCUCGAUUUUCGCUUGGACCAGAGGCUUGAUCCAAAGGGGUAAGUUGGAUAGCACCCCAGAUGUGGUGAAAUUCGCCGAAUUGGUGGAAUCUGCUACCGUCAACACGGUUCAAGAAGAUGAAAUUAUGACUAAAGAUUUGGCAUUGAUCUUGGGUAAGACCGACAGAUCCUCAUACGUCACUACCGAAGAGUUCAUUGAAGCUGUUCACAAGAGAUUGGACUCCGAAUUUAAAUCAUCAUUCAACUAG